GCCACCGCCGACCGGGCGGCCGGGCGGGACCCGCGCGACUGUGCACCGGCGGCCGGGCUGGCGCGGAGCCCGAGCGGACAGGGAGCAGCUGGAGCGCUGCGGCCGCCGCCUCCCGCUGACCCCGCGUGUUUUGACUGGAGGCAGAUCCAGUUCAGGCCGAUCAGGGCUGGUGGAAACAACUACCAAGUGUGUCUCUGUCUGCUUCGCUUUGGGAGAAGAAAGUGGAGGGAGCCCCAGAAUGUUGUAGAGGAACUGGCCCUGCGGAAACGAGAGGAGGAGGGGGCGGCGGAACAGACGAACCCGAGAGCAUCAAUAAGGAUUCCGAUCUGAGGCUGUCAGAGAUGACUCUGGUUCUGUCCAUGAAUAGAUUCUGCGAGCCCAUUGUCUCGGAAGGAGCUGCUGAAAUUCCAGGGUACCAGACACUAUGGGAGGCUGACAGCUACGGAGGUCCCAGCCCCCCAGGGCCAGCCCAGGCUCCUCUGCAGGGAGACCGGGGAGCCGGCCCCCCGCUGGCAGGAUCACAUUUCAGGGGAAUUUCAAACCCUUUAACAACAUCCAAGAUCGCAUACUUUAAGAGGAAGUAUGUGGAAGAAGAGGAUUUUCACCCACCACUCAGCAGCUGUAGCCAUAAAACCAUCUCAAGUUUUGAGGAACGAGCCCACAUCCUUUACAUGUCCUUAGAAAAGCUCAAGUUUAUCGAUGAUCCUGAAGUGUACCUCCGGAGAUCUGUCCUUAUAAACAACUUGAUGAAAAGGAUCCACGGCGAAAUUAUCAUGCAGAAUAACUGGUGCUUUCCCGCCUGCUCGCUCAACGGCAGCCCCGCCCCGGAGUGGUUUCUGGCUCAGGACUGUCCGUACCGGAAACGACCGCGGAUGGCCAAAGAGGAGUGCGAGAAGAUCCACGCCUGCUGCUUUUACCAGGACUGUGGUGGUCACUACCUGAAUUUACCCCUUUCUGUCAAUGCUAACGUCGGAAGUGCCUCCGCCGCCGCCACCUCCUCCUCCUCCUCCUCGCCCCCUCUGCCUUUGCCGAGUUGUUCCCACCAGGUGGAUUUUAACGUAGGCGGUGCACCAGUUUACAAGGGUGAUGGCCAGAUACCUGCCAGCGAAAUCUUUGUCACUAAUGUCAGGGCACUUGGUGUUCAGGAAAAGGCCAAAUUAAGUGAUGAGAAAGCAAAUAGCGACGCCAGCAGGGAUGGUCCCCCCCUCAGCCACGAACCCGUGGGAAGUGACCUUGCUUUUGAGUGCAAAGGCCAAUUUUACGAUUAUUUUGAGACUGGCUAUAAUGAAAAAAACAGUGUAAGUGAGUCUUGGAAAAAGUCCUUAAGGAAAAAGGAGCCUUCGCCGAGUGGCAAACUGUGCUGCAGCAAAAGGAAGUGAAUCGGGAGCGCCGCCGCACCACCGCUCCGACGCAUGCGCAGCAUGACCAGUUCGCGCUCGUCCCUUCCCUUCUGCGUGGGUUUCCAGUUUUGUGCGACUGAGACGAUUAUGCCGUGAACAUGCCGUGUCGCUUUAACGCCUGGGGAGCAGAUUGCGUAAAACAUCUGUGUAGGAGUCAUCAGCAAGCUACUUAGAAAUGUGGCGGUUUUACCAAGAAAACAGUUGACUUGAUGCUUAAAAGUCUAUCUUCGUUUUCUUACAAGAAAGACCAGUAGAUUAGACUGGGGGACAACGUGUCCUUGUGAUAUUGCCAUUACCCCCAAAGAGCCUGUCACUAGCUAAGAAACUUCAGUGUUUGCAGUUAAUUAGGUAGUUAUUUGGUAAACAAAUCCAUAUAGCCAGCAAAGGAUGUCUGCUUCAUCUAUAUGAUACAGUAUUUUUUUUUUUCUGAAUAAAAGACUGAAGACAGGGAACUAGGUGAAAUGGCUUCGUGGUGCUGUUAAGUCUUUGUAUUUAACAGUCUUGUGUGACAGAUGAAACGAGGAUGUAAGGUAAACGGAACAUACCUGUGUAGGGGCGGCAACCGGCGCUCUGCGCGGAGGGUACUCCCUGCAAGUUCCCGCUUGCCUGCCAGGGGUGUCCGAGGCUUUUAGAGACGUGUUAUACAGGGCGAUUUUUGGUGCCUUACUUUGUCUUAAUUUUUGCCAAUGUGAAAAUUAAGGAUAAAUCAGAGUCACAGCAGGGAUUUAACAAACAGGAAACAAAAAAAAAACACAGGGUGGAUCAAUAUUGUUUGGAAACCGUUACUUCGAGCUGUUGCGUUCGACUUUUGAUUCGACAUCUCUAUUCUUCCUUUAUUUUUGAUGCCCGAUUGUUUUUGAAUUUGGCAUUUUUAGAAAGGGUUGGAGGAAACAAUAGAGAGAGCUGUUGGAAACCAGCGCUAGCUGCUUGAGCUUUUCUAUGGCAACGGUCUGUUGCUGGGGUUUGGGUUCUUUGGGUUUUGGGUCGUUUUGUUUGGUUUGGUUUUCUUGUCCAAUGCAGUUCAUGAACCAGUGGCAUGCAUUAUAUUUUAACCUGUUUUUGCAUCAUUUCACUCGUUUAGAUUAUAAAAGCAUGUGGUUUUUUAUAUAUAACUUUUGCUGUUGAUUAAGAAGCACAAUGUUAAUAAAUGAUGUGGUGAUCAAUAAGGUUUUAUCUUAAAGAAUGUAAAGAUUUUAGGUUUGGGAAAGUUAUUUUGGAGAAAUGGGACUCGGUCGGCCAUAGCUACUAUGUGUUGGGCGAACAUUUUUCUCGGUAAUUUCUCUAAUUUAUACGUUUGUAAGAGCGCUCAGAGUGCCCCUCUGACCCUCCUUCCUCCUGCUUCAGCCAACUCCUCCCGCGGAGCUGUGUUCCAAUUUCCAAGGUGACUGGUGGACUUGGGCCUCCUUAAACCGUGCUGCACAAGAACCAAAUGCCAAACGGAGGAAAGAAGUCAGUCCUCCCAGUUUCUCCAAGAUAAAGCUUUUUUAUUAUUGCUAUUAAUAUUAAAUAUAGGUCUCAUUCAUACAGUGUAUGAGUAGGAUCAUCAUUUGGACAAUGUCCACAAGGACCAAUUUUUAAAACAUGUUCUUGUGUAAUGGCUGAAUAGUCUAGUAAGGUUUGUCCUUUAUUUUCAAUAUUUGAUAAACAUUUGAUGUUGAAAACUUAGAUGAUAGAUGCUUGUAUAUGAAUGUGUUGUUGUAAUAAAGUGAGGUUUUCUUGAUAUAUAUUUAUUAAAAUGAUCAAAAUUCA